CCUUUUCAUGUGGAGCUCCUUGCAAGUAAUUACAAAUGGCUUCUCUUUACUUGGAAAUGUUCAUGGCAACAAACGCAGGGUCAAAAGUCGCAUACCAUUUCCAUAAAGUCUCUGUUUUGGAUUAUCUCAACCUCCAGACCAGCAUGAUGUGUAACAUGUUCAAAACAUUUCCUGAAGUUCUGUUGACGAUCCGUUCCCAUGACGCCCAGAGACGAGCUCUAUACACGUUUCUGGCAGACGGCCCGUGCCUACCCACAUCAUGUAACACGGAAAAAAUCGUUCAUAUAGCCGUGCCGAAGAAUGAAAGCUACGAAGGGCUUACUCACAUGUUUCAAGUUAUGAAAGAUUUCAACCCCAAUUGGCAAGACGUCCGCGUGUUUCUGGUGGACCCGCAAUUUAAGGGAACUGACGCUUUACUUAAAGUAUUCCCGUCUGCUGAGGUGGUUCUUUCAGCCUAUCACAUCUGCAGACACUUCCAGCACAGCAUCUAUCAGCUAUCUUUACCUAGCCAGACAGAACACUUGCUGAUUGAUGGUUUGAAGAACACAAUGUGUUCUGCCACUAAGGGGAAUCUAAGAAACAUGUACACCAUUCUAAACCAGUUUGUGAAACCCAGUAUGUUAAUGCAACUCAACGCAGACUGGCUAUUGAAUGAUCGCAUUUGGGCCUUGCAUCGCUGGAGAAGUUCAAGUCACUGCUUUGAGUAUUUUCAGACUGUCGAAACUAUGAGUCGCGUUUUCAUCGAAAUCUUCAAAAACUCUCGCGAUACAAGUGCAAUCCUAAAGUCUCUGAUUAAGUACAUACAGGAACACACUUUUGACAUAAACAUAUUAGAUAGAAGGACUUGCACUGGUUGUGAAAUGGCCAUUAUUGAUGGCAAAGGAGGGGAAGAUGAAGAAGCAAAUGAAGAACCCAACAAGGACUCUGAGGACUCUACAUUGAUAUGUCAGUCUUUGGAGGACAUUUGCAACCCUGGAGCCUUUAGCCUUUGUCAAAAAGAAUUUGACAUUGCUCAAAAGUCAGUAAAAGUGAUGGGAACAAAUGAUGAAUCAUUCAAUAUUCAGCUUCUAGAGAACCCCAAUGAGAUCAGUUAUGGAACACCAGCUACCUGUACCUGCAGCUUUAACCAGAUCUUGAAGCUCCCCUGCCGCCAUGUCUUAGCGGUUAUCACUGCCAAUGAGGAAGUUGUACAGCCAAAUAUGGUACACAUGCCCUGGCGGAAAGAGGCAGAAGGACCUGAGCCUGCACUUCUUCCUGUAUCACCUGACAUUCUGGAAAUCAUAAGGGGCGAGAGGACAGAUGUUCCUGAAAAAGAAUUGAUUAUGGAAUCCCUAACCGACCAGCUCUCACAUUUACUGGCAGACUGCAGCGAGGAUACAUUUCAGAAGCGCUAUAAUACAUUGAGGGAGCUGGCAGAUUCAUGGAUUGGGCCUUAUGAACAAGUCAAACUAUAAUAUAUUGAGUGAUUGUGCUCAUCAC